UACGAGGCCAUCAAUGGCAUGAAAUAUUUGAACGCCGUGGUAAACGAAUCUCUCAGAAUGUAUCCAAUAGCAGUUUUCCUGGACAGAAAAUGCAUUAAAGAGACUAAAUUACCACCAGCGACUCCGGAUGGCGAACCGAUCACGAUAAAGCCUGGGGAUAGCAUAUGGUUCCCGCAUUUUUCUCUGCAUCGUGAUGCAAAGUAUUAUCCACAUCCAGAGAAGUUCGAUCCAGACAGAUUUUUUAACGGCAAUGUAGACAGCUCAGUCUAUAUGCCAUUUGGUAUCGGGCCCAGAAUCUGCAUAGGUAAUAGGUUCGCCCUAAUGGAAGCAAAAAUUAUGCUGUUUUAUCUACUUUGGCGCUGCGAUGUCGAACCUGACGUUAAAACUAGAAUUCCGCUAGUAUUGAAGAAAGCAUUUCCCAUGCGGCCAGACGGAGGUUUUUGGUUCAAGUUGCGAGCGAGGAAAUCGAAGGCCUCUGUUACACAAUGCUUAUCGAACGGACACGGAGUUGAAUGAUAUGGCAUAUUUAAAUUUUAAACAUAAACUUAUAUAAUUCGACUUUUGAAAUUGUAACGAGAAUCCACCCUUUUUCUCAAUUAAAUAACGUAUAAGAAAUUACAAGUAAAAGUUUUAGAGAAGGUUUUCUUUUAAUACGUAUUGUUAUAAUAAAAGUUUAUCAAAUGUUAAAAAUGUUUUGAUAAGAGAUAAUAAUUGUAGUACUAAUAAAGAUAUUUUUCUUAU